AUGGCAGAAACGAGGGACAGUGACCGGGGGAGAGGUCGCUUGUCUACAGUCUCCAUGAAGUAUGACAAGAGCCGAAAGGGAUAUUUGAGUGAUUCACAAAAGGCAGCACGUGAUGCGGAUGCGGACGGCAAGGGAUACCUUACCGCGGAAGAGGCCGCAGCGCUUGCCAAAAAGUGUCUCAUGCAGUCGACCACCACCACGAAUGAUCCACCUGCCAUCAUUCAGGAGUUCAUCACAACUGCCGCCGUUCCCGUAGUAUCGGCCCGUCCAAUCAUGGCACAUCAUAAUCAGACCAGUGCCACUCCACUCAUCUCUUGUCGAAUGGUUCCGGAUCCUUCAGAGCGUGGACUUGGGCGAAUCAGUUUAGGUACUACUAAUCCCAAUGUCGACACCGCCACUACCACUACUACUGGAACGACAGCAUCUCGGGUGACAUUUCAUGCUCGUACCAUCGCUACAAACACAGUCAGCAGCAGCAACAACAAUGCAGCGCCUGUUUCGAUAACAGUUCCUUGCUCCCCAGCAGGUGGCGUUUGGUCUCCAAGCAUGAUUCACCUCAAGACAGAGGCAGUCAAUGACUGUGAAACUGAUGAUGAUGCACCCAUUUCCGUCGUGGUACCAGUAUCCAUGCCACCACCACCGGACGAGAAGCCAAAAGGCCCUACUAUUCAUACUACUAUGGACAGGGAGAAAGAAGCUGUCGGUUUGGAACGACCAGUUUCCGUUCCAGCACCUCCGGAUGAGAAACAAGAACGUGGUGUGGACACCGAAGCACCGUUGGAGCCCACGGAAACUGACAAUGACGACGUAAGCAACAGCAACAAUGAACAUCAAGAGGAUAGCAAUGUCAUUUUGAGUUGCCAAGUCUCAAGAAGAAGUCAUUGGGUUAUCGCUUCAACUGCCUUGGUCUUGAUUGCCAUUGUGGCAACCGUGGUUGUGAUGUUUGCUGUUUAUAUCACCAUGGAUCUACGCAAAGAAAUGUAG